AUGCAUCGUGUUGGCUCCUGGAGCCUCGAUGACCCUGAUUCAGCGAGCAUGAAGCACCCAUCGAGGUCACCGGGACUUGAGAUUGCUAUGGCACUGUUCGGGAUGGUCUGGCUGCUGCGUGUUCGCUCAGAGAUGCGCCGGUGCUCAAAAUGCCGGCACGAGGAGAUUCUGGCGGCUCAGCAGCAGCAGCAAGAACAGCAGCAGCAACAGCAACAACAGCAGCAGCUGCAGCAGCAACAACACCAUCACCUUCACCAUCAUCCUCAUCACCAGCAACGAACGCUGUCGCAGACUACCAGUCUGUUACAGACUCCUGAGGACGGAGUUAGCUCCUCAGCGAAUACUUUGUUCACUUUGGACACGCCUGGUGCUGCUGGUUCCGCCGGAAGUUACUGCGAGGUCCAUGGAUUCGUGCAGGCGAAAGAAGAUAUCCAGGAGUUUUACGAGCUGACGUUGCUCGACGAGUCGAAAUCGGUGCAGCAGAAAACGGCGGAGACGAUCCGCAUCGCCGACAAAUGGGAAGCCAGCGACGGGCCAAUUACACCGACCUUCGCUCAAAACGACGGUGGUCCAGCCUUCCCGGUGAACCAGACUCUGUCGAACAUUUAUGGCCGCAGGUCGGUCAGUCCUGACGUUCAGCACCACGUAGACGAAGCUCAGAAAACGCGGUACACUGGCGGAGUGGAAGAACAAUUGCCACCUCCACCAUCGCCGCCUCAGUUGAAAGAGACUGGACAAUUGGACGGAGUUCCUAGACCGAAUUCGGUCGAUCGUAUCCUUCAUCCGGAUGGCAGUCAGCACAUCUUAACUAGUCACGAAACGCUCAAUAAGAGUCACGACAGCUGGCAAGGACACGACGGCGACCAGGCACACACGCCCCUUCUUGCGGCUGACACGAGACAUGUCAAUGGAGACGAUGACUGGGAGUACGAGGAGAUCGUCCUCGAGAGGGGCGGUGCCGGCCUCGGGUUUAGUAUCGCAGGGGGCACAGACAAUCCUCACUUUGGCAACGACACCGCCAUAUACAUCACAAAACUUAUACCAGGCGGUGCAGCGUCCGCGGACGGCCGUCUCCGUGUUAACGACACGAUACUACAGGUGAACGACGUGUCCGUUGUCGACGUACCGCACGCCGCAGCCGUCGACGCACUCAAACGGGCAGGAAACACGGUUAAACUAUACGUACGACGACGAAGGCACACGCAGCUGAUCGAAAUCGAACUAAUUAAGGGUAACAAGGGACUCGGUUUCAGUAUCGCCGGUGGUAUUGGCAAUCAGCAUAUACCCGGUGACAAUGGAAUCUACGUGACGAAAAUUAUGGAGGGCGGCGCUGCUCAAGUAGACGGCCGUCUUGUUGUUGGAGACAAAUUAGUCGCUGUCAGGAACGCUCUGCAGGGCGACAAGAACCUCGAAAAUGUGACGCACGAGGAAGCGGUGGCGACUCUGAAGGCGACCCAGGAUCGCGUGGUGCUUCUCGUGGCGAAACCGGAAACCGGAAUCGUGCCCCCGCCACCACCCCCGAUGGCCUCGGACAAUUCGCUCUCGCCGCAACCACGAAAGCAAAAUGGUUCUGUGUCGGCGUUGGAGAACAACUCGACCCUGCCGUACUCGCAAGAAUCACGUCACGCGUCUUCUCUCGCUCUUCACGGGGCGGCCACGCCGCGAGCUGUUUCACAGGAGGACGUAUCACGAGAGGUGCGCACAGUCGUGCUCAACAAAGGCUCGUCCGGACUGGGUUUCAAUAUCGUCGGCGGCGAAGAUGGCGAGGGAAUUUUCAUUUCCUUCAUCCUAGCCGGGGGUCCGGCCGAUCUUAGCGGGGAGCUGCGUCGCGGUGAUCAAAUACUCAGUGUCAAUGGCAUUAAUCUUCGGACAGCUACCCAUGAAGAGGCCGCCGCAGCCCUUAAGGGUACCGGUCAGACAGUGACGAUCGUGGUACAAUACAAGCCCGAAGAUUACAACCGAUUCGAGGCUAAGAUCCAUGAUCUUAAACAACAGAUCUCCCAGCAGAAUAUGAUGACAGGCACCCUCAUGAGGACCUCACAGAAGAAAUCACUUUACGUCAGAGCGUUGUUCGACUACGAUCCAAACAAGGACGACGGUCUGCCGAGCCGCGGUCUGGCAUUCCGUUACGGUGAAAUCCUGCACGUGACGAAUGCUAGUGACGACGAAUGGUGGCAGGCUAGAAGAGUGAAUCCUCAGGGGGAGGAGGAGGGCCUUGGUAUAAUACCGUCGCGCAGACGAUGGGAACGGAAGCAACGCGCCAGGGAUCGUUCUGUCAAGUUCCAAGGUCACAUGCCGGUCAUCCUCGACAAGCAAUCGACGCUGGACAGGAAAAAGAAGAACUUCUCGUUCAGCCGAAAGUUCCCGUUCAUGAAGAGCAAGGACGACAAAUCGGAGGAUGGUUCGGACCAGGAACGGUCGCCCACGACACCCGAGAACGAAAACGAUCCUACACCAUUCAUGCUGUGCUACACCCAGGACGACACUAACACCGAAGCUCUGUCUUGGGUCGCAGGAAGUAGAGAAAUUUUGUAUCGUGUUGAACUGCCUUAUAUGGAGGAACUGACGUUAGUUUAUCUGGAAAAGGAAGAUGAUGAGAAUGAUGAAGAGCUUAGCAGCGAAGAGAACGUGCUGUCGUACGAGGCUGUCCAGCAGCUCACCAUACAGUACACUCGACCCGUCAUUAUCCUCGGUCCUCUGAAGGAUCGCAUCAACGACGACCUCAUCUCGGAAUUCCCCGACAAAUUCGGCAGCUGUGUGCCACAUACAACGAGGAGUAGAAGAGAAUACGAAGUGGACGGACGGGAUUACCACUUUGUGGCGUCGAGGGAGCAGAUGGAGAGAGAUAUUCAGAACCACUUGUUCAUAGAGGCGGGACAGUACAAUGACAAUCUUUAUGGAACCUCAGUGGCGUCCGUUCGAGAAGUCGCCGAAAAGGGAAAGCACUGUAUCCUUGACGUGAGUGGAAACGCCAUCAAGAGGUUACAGGUGGCGCAGCUGUAUCCCAUCGCCAUCUUCAUUAAACCGAAAUCCGUAGAAUCGGUUAUGGAAAUGAACAAGAGAAUGACCGAGGAACAAGCGAAAAAGACGUACGAACGAGCAUUGAAGAUGGAGCAAGAAUUCGGGGAGUACUUCACCGCCGUAGUACAAGGUGACACUCCCGAGGAGAUCUACGUGAAAGUAAAGGAAGUGAUCUCCGAGCAAUCGGGGCCGAACAUUUGGGUACCGUGCAGGGACCAGCAACUGUGACGUCCUGCCCCCCACGCUCAGCCCGGCCCGAACGCUUGGACUCUACCUCCGAGGCGUCAAGCUUAAUUACUCUUAAUAAAAUAAUCAAGUAACACUCUAACGCCCCCCUAUCCCGUCCCUUGAUCCCACUCCCACACACCCACCCAUUCAAGUAAUCCAGUGUCCCAAAUCAAACCGUUAACCGCCACGAGGCUCGUCGUAGAACUUCAAGGCGUCGCCGUUGACAAAAGUUUCCACGGGUCUGGAGAGCCCAAAAGACGAAAUCGGAAACAGUUACGAUGGAUCGAAAUAUUUGUUUCUCGAGACGUGUUCAAAACUUGUUCGCGAGUCACGUGACCGGGGGUAAACACCCACCUACAGCGUUCGCUGCGAUUAAAGAGAAUAUACUCCGAAUUAACACGCGAACGUUGACGAUCGUUAAUCGCGUGUUUCGAAGCGAUACAUCCGUUGGCCCGUUUCCACGAGCAAUCGAUAGAUGGAGAAAGAGCGAGAGAUAGGGAGAGAGAGAAAGAGCUAUCGUCUCCGGCGCAAGAGUAUAUAAGGUGUUAAUUAAAAUCCCUCCGCGUGCGCGCGCACAAAUGGAGGGUUCGUGUUAUAGUGUUAAAUACCAGAAGUGUUUCGUUGUACCACGAUGUUUUUCAUGUAUCCAACGGGUUUGUCGACCGAGAGGACAAGGAGACCAACCGACCCGUAACCCGUCUCCGCGAUGAUUUUAUUACGGAAUUCAACGACGCGAAUACACGCCGGCGAUCGAGCCCUCCCUCCUC